AAGUUCGGUUGUGGUCAGUUUCCACGUCAGAGAAAAGAGCGGAGCCGGUGUUUGUUGUUCCGAGGCCGCUUUUCUUCGGCUACGCGGGCCUGUGGCUGACCUGGCUCCCGAAAUGCCAAGACGGCUGUCGACGCCCGCCAAAGCCGGCCCCGUUUUGAACGACGCCGGAUGGAUGGAAGGGACUACCAGGAUUGUAGAUAAGAAUAUUUACACUGUACAAGGUGAAAUCAAUACAGUAAUAGGAGCGAUAAAACGCAGUGCAAGAUGGAGUACUCAUGUACGUUUGGAUGAAGAACGUGAUCCCUUAUUGCACAGCUUCAGUGUUUUGAAAGAUGUUUUGAACAAUGUAACUGAACUUUCAGCCAUUGAACCUAUUGUUUUUCUUCGACCUUUUCUGGAAGUUAUUCGAUCAGAAGAUACUACAGGCCCGAUUACUGGACUGGCUCUGACAUCAGUAAACAAAUUCAUUUCAUAUGGACUAAUAGAUUCAAAUCAUGAGGGCACAGCUGAGGGAAUGGAAAACUUGGCAGAUGCUGUAACACAUGCCCGAUUUGUGGGCACAGAUCCUGCAAGUGAUGAGGUUGUCUUGAUGAAGAUCUUGCAGGUCUUGAGGACUCUCCUCCUUGCUCCAGUUGGAGCUCAUCUCACAAAUGAAUCUGUGUGUGAAAUCAUGCAGUCUUGCUUCCGUAUAUGCUUUGAGAUGAGGCUUAGUGAGUUAUUGAGAAAAUCUGCAGAGCACACUCUGGUCGACAUGGUACAGCUGCUCUUCACAAGGUCAUCUCAGUUUAAAGAGGAGCCUAAGAGCUAUGUAGGGACCAACAUAAGAAAGUUGAAAAUGAGAACAGGAGGGAUGAGUGAUUCAUCAAAAUGGAAGAAGCAGAAACGAUCACUAAGAAACUCUUGCCAUGUAACCAAGGUAUCUCAAGGAAUAGAACAGUCAUCAGCCAACGGCACAGGUGAGGUCAAUGUCACUGAUGUACCUUCUCCAAUUUCAUCUGGAAAUUCAGAAAACGUAUCUUCUAUAGUUAGUCCUGUCACUGACAGUGGUUUAGAAUUAUCUUCCCAAAUUCGCUCAAAGGAUGAUCUUACAGAUUUACAACUUGUCAAAUCUUUGGGAAUCAGUACAACAAUGCCCUUAAAUGAUUUUAGAGCCAGAGAGCAGUUAGAACCACAGAAUGAAUGUCCUCAGAGGGAAAAGACUCCAACUGCCUCAGUAGAAUCCAUCCCAGAGGUUCUUGAAGAGUGCACUUCUGUAACUGAACACUCAGAUUCUGUUUCAAUUCAUGACAUGGACUAUGUUAACCCUCGAGGUGUACGAUUUACUCAGUGUUCUCAAAAAGAGGGAACAACAUUAGUCCCUUAUGGAUUGCCCUGUAUUCGUGAACUACUGCGUUUCCUCAUCUCCCUCACGAAUCCACAUGACCGACACAAUUCUGAGGUGAUGAUCCACAUGGGUCUACAGCUACUCACAGUUGCUCUUGAAUUGACUUGUGUGGCAAACUGCCCAUCUCUCUUAGGACUUAUAAAAGAAGAAUUAUGUCGGUAUCUCUUUCAAUUAUUGAACAUGGAGCGGCUCAAUUUAUAUUCAGCUUCCCUUAGGGUUUGCUUCCUUUUAUUUGAGAAAAUGAGAGAGCACUUGAAAUUCCAACUGGAGAUGUAUAUCAAGAAACUGAUGGAGAUCAUCACAGUGGAAAGCCCCAAGAUGAUUUAUGAAAUGAAGGAGAUGGCCCUGGAGGCUAUAGUUCAGCUAUGGAGGAUUCCUAGCUUUGUAACUGAACUCUACAUUAACUAUGACUGUGACUAUUACUGUGCUAAUCUUUUUGAAGACCUCAGCAAACUACUAUCCAAGAAUGCUUUUCCUGUUUCUGGACAACUGUACACUACUCAUUUGCUGUCACUUGAAGCAUUGUUGACAGUGACUGAUCAAAUUGAAGCACGGUGCCAAGCCAAAGUACUCAGAGGCAUAUAUCAGCAAGAGAAAGAAAUACUAAAACCAAAUGCAGAAAUUGCCAAUAUCAUUAGAGAAGCAAUUACUGAAGAACUGCAAACAAAACUUAAAUCAUCCACUGCAGAAUUACCGGAGACAUGUUCAUCGAGUAAUGACUGCUUGGCGACCUCCCACUUGAAACAGCAAGACUGUUUGAAUUCAGAUAUGGAAAAUGAUACAGAAAAGAUCAUCCCAAGAAAGCCUACUCGAUUUUCCUGCUUCCUACCCAGAACACAAGAACUGAUAAUGAUUAAGAAUAAAAAAAAGCUCUUGAUAAGUGGUUCAGAGCACUUCAAUCAAAAACCAAAAAAAGGAAUACAGCUUCUUCAGGAGAAAAAUCUCUUGGCUACCCCAAUGGAUAACAAUCAAGUGGCCAAAUGGCUGAGAGAAAAUCCUAAACUGGACAAGAAAAUGAUUGGGGAAUUUGUGAGUGAUCGAAAAAAUGUCGAUUUGCUGGAUAGUUUUGUCAGGACUUUCCAUUUCCAAGGUUUACGACUAGAUGAAGCUUUAAGACUCUACCUAGAAGCCUUUCGUUUGCCAGGAGAAGCUCCUGUGAUUCACAGGCUAUUGGAAGCCUUUACAGAACAUUGGCAUAAAUCAAAUGGGACUCCAUUUGCUAAUAGUGAUGCCUGUUUUGCUCUAGCCUAUGCAGUUAUCAUGCUGAACACUGAUCAGCACAAUCAUAAUGUUCGCAAGCAGAAUGUACCUAUGACAUUAGAGGAAUUCCGAAAAAAUCUGAAAGGAGUAAAUGGUGGCAAAGAUUUUGAUCAAGACAUGUUAGAAGAUAUAUAUUAUGCUAUCAAAAAUGAAGAGAUUGUGAUGCCCGAUGAACAGACAGGUUUAGUAAAAGAAAACUAUGUAUGGAGUGUGUUGUUGCAUCGUGGAGCCACUGAAGAAGGAGUUUUUCUGCAUGUUCCACCUGGCAGCUAUGAUCAUGACCUCUUUGCUAUGACCUGGGGACCUACUGUUGCAGCUCUUUCCUAUGUUUUUGACAAGAGCUUAGAUGAAACAGUUAUCCAGAAGACUAUUUCUGGUUUCAGAAAAUGUGCCAUGAUCUCUGCUCAUUACGGCCUCAGUGAUGUUUUUGACAACCUCAUAAUUUCUCUCUGUAAAUUCACAGCCCUCAGCAGUGAGUCAAUUGAGAAUUUGCCAACAGUUUUUGGAAGCAAUCCAAAAGCCCACAUUGCAGCGAAGACUGUGUUCCACCUGGCUCAUCGACAUGGUGAUAUUUUACGAGAGGGCUGGAAAAACAUAAUGGAGGCAAUGUUGCAACUUUUCAGAGCAGAAUUAUUGCCAAAAACCAUGGUGGAGGUUGAAGAUUUUGUAGAUCCCAAUGGCAAGAUCUCUCUUCAGCGAGAGGAAACACCUUCUAAUCGUGGGGAGUCUACAGUGCUCAUUUUUGUUAAUUGGCUGACACUCAGUGGCACAGAACAAUCUGGUAUGAGAGGACCAUCCACAGAGAAUCAGGAAGCAAAGAGAAUGGCCCUGGAAUGUAUAAAGCAAUGUGAUCCAGAGAAGUUAAUCACUGAGAGCAAGUUUCUGCAACUUGAGUCCCUGCAGGAAUUAAUGAAGGCUCUCAUAUCUGUGUCUCCUGAUGAGGAAACCUAUGAUGAAGAAGACUGUGCUUUCUGUUUGGAGAUGCUUUUGAGGAUUGCGCUGGAAAAUAGGGAUCGUGUGACUUUCGUUUGGCAGGCAAUGCGAGAUCAUCUUUACCAUUUAUGUAUUAAUGCUAUGGAAUACUGUUGUCUAGUGGAAAGAGCAGUAGUGGGUCUAUUGAGACUGGCAAUCCGACUUCUGCGCAGAGAAGAAAUAAGUGCCCAGGUAUUGCUCUCCUUGCGAAUCUUGCUCAUGAUGAAACCCAGCAUGUUAAACAGGGCAAGUCAUCAGAUUGCAUAUGGCCUUCAUGAGCUUCUCAAGACUAAUGCUGCCAAUAUUCACUCUGGAGAAGACUGGUACACACUCUUUACUCUCUUGGAAUGCAUUGGUUCUGGGGUGAAACCACCCCUAGCGCUGCAACCUACAAGAACAGAGAAUGAUACAGGAGCUCAAUCAGACAGUGAGAUCUCCUAUCAUCCAAAUGAAACCAGCCUAGAUCGUGGCUACACUUCUGAUUCAGAGGUAUAUGCAGAUCAUAGCAAGCAAGGUAAAUUGCAUCGUUCUGUCACUGAUGUAGAUGUGGUGAACAGUGGCUGGCUUGUGGUUGGGAAAGAUGACAUUGAUAAUUCAACCAUGGCUGGACUUUCCAGACUAGGAAAUUCUCCCCUGGUGAAUCAGUAUAGUCUGACUGUGGGAAUGGACCUGGGUCCUCAUAAUACCAAAUCUCUCAUGAAGUGUGUUGAGUCCUUAUCUUUUAUUGUGCGAGAUGCAGCUCAUGUAACACCUGAGAACUUUGAGCUGUGCGUCAAAACAAUCCGCAUCUUUGUGGAAGCCAGCCUAAAUGGAGGGUGUAAAUCCCAGGAGAAAAGAGGAAAAAAUCAUAAAUACGACUCCAAAUCAGCACGGUUUAAGAAGAAAGCAAAGGAAAACUCUCUGAGACACUUUAAAACCUCCAGCCAACAUCAGCACCGUUCCACUAGUGAAGAUGAGGAUGAGGAUGAGAGUGUCCCUGCCAGUUAUCACACUGUAUCUUUACAGGUUAGUCAAGACCUGUUGGAUCUAAUGCAUACCCUUCAUACACGAGCUGCUACCAUCUACAGUUCUUGGGCAGAAGAGCAGCAGCAUCUGGAAACUUCAGAGAAGAAAAUAGAAGCAAAUUCUCGAGCAUUAUGGAUCAAUUGUUGGUGCCCAUUGUUGCAAGGCAUUGCUUGUUUGUGUUGUGAUGCAAGAAGACAAGUACGGAUGCAGGCACUGACCUACUUGCAGCGGGCUCUUCUUGUGCAUGAUUUACAAGCUCUCGAUGCUUUGGAAUGGGAAUCCUGCUUCAAUAAGGUUCUAUUUCCUUUGUUGACCAAACUUCUGGAAAAUAUUAGCCCGGCAGAUAUUGGAGGGAUGGAAGAGACCAGAAUGAGAGCUUCAACUCUACUCUCCAAGGUCUUCUUGCAACAUUUGUCCCCACUCCUCUCUCUCCCAACAUUUGCUGCUUUAUGGCUGACAAUAUUGGAUUUUAUGGAUAAAUACAUGCAUGCUGGCUCCAGUGACUUGUUGCCAGAGGCCAUCCCUGAAUCACUGAAGAAUAUGUUGCUAGUAAUGGACACAGCUGGGAUAUUCCAUAAUGCUGAUUCACGAACAGGCUACUCAGAUCUAUGGGAAAUCACCUGGGAGCGCAUAGACUGCUUUUUGCCAAAACUACGAGAUGAGCUCUUCAAACAGACAGUCAUCCAAGACCCAGUUUCUACCUUACCAGUAGAAGUACAUCCACCAAAAGCAUCAAUAUCUGCUCAGACACAUUCCUCUGGAGAAGAUUCCAGACCAUCUACUCUUUCAGCAUCAUCUGAGAAGUCUCCAGAACUAGCAGCCAGUGAUUCUGAGAAUGCCUGCAUUCACUUUGGAUCACAUUUUGCCUCUCCAGCAACACCUGGGAAGAUGAACCUAGCUACAGAUAUUCCAGCAGUGGCACAGCAGCCUCUUAUUCUUCAACCACUAGCCUCCCCCUUACAAGUGGGAGUGCCACCUUUGUCUCUGCCUAUAAUUCUGAACCCAGCUCUCAUAGAGGCAACCUCCCCGGUACCUCUUUUGGCUACCCAGCAGUCUACUGACUCCAUCACAAUUUCUGAAAUAAAUUAAAAAAAAAGGAAAUGACUAAAGGAAUGAUGGAUUCUGAUCAUGCUAUGUCCAACUGAAGUUAUGCUUGCCCUAAGCAAAAGAGUAGCAUCCCAAAGUAAACAUGCUAAGGUGACAAUCUUGCAGCUCCUCCUUCCUUUAAAGUUAAAGUUUUCAGUAGAGACCUGCUUUGUUUUUUUCAGAAUGGAUACUGCAAGAUACUGUUAGAAUCAAGCAAAGAAAUAUCCAGCUUCUGUAUAAGUACAGUACUUUGCUUCACUGUCAGCAUUCCUUGCACAGGUUUACUUUAGGACCAUUCUUUCGCUCUUGAAUCGUCAGGGAUUUAGGCUUGUACUUUUGCCAGAGUAAACUGAACUUUCUGAGAGGAUUAGAAGGGUCACUGAACAAUAUUUGAAACUGUGGAAAAGCUGCAUCUAAAAUAAAAGCAAGAAAAUAAUAAUCUCAGAUUGCCGUGUAAGCUUCAUUAGGGUUAGCAUCGGUGGUGUGGUGCUUCCUUUUUAUUUUAAAAUUGCUGAAGGUCUUGCAGGCAUUCCAAUCUAGUGUUAUAAAAGGUACUGAUGUGAAGUGAUUGCAAUAGGCAAAAAAUAGCCUCUACUCCUUCAGGAAUGGACUGCAAAAUGUUUCUUUCUAUCUUUUUUGCAGUCUUUCACUUAAGAAAGGCCAUUUCUCUCCUGCAUAAGCCCAGAAAUAAAAUGUGUUUUAACUAGGGCUCCCACCAGGCUAAAAUUCUCUACAUUCAAUGCAGAAUCCCACUGGCCAAUGUCCCACUGUAUGGAACAAUAGGUGAUUGUGUGUGAGUGUGCAUGUGGAUUUGGGUGUUUGUAUGUGUGAGUAUGUAUGUGUGUGGAGUUAAAUGACUUUAGGAUGAAAUAAAAAUUGCCUGUAAAUGAAAUGUGGCUUAGAGGUUUAUUUCCUUACAUAUCAAAUAUGUUGCCUUUUUAUUCUAGAUUGUUUUGGAAAAUUAGAGUAUCGCUAUUGACCAAUUAUGAAGGAUCACCCUUUUUGAAACAAGAGGUGUGUGUGUGUGCAUGUGUGUGUGUUUGAAUCAUUGUUGACUCCUGGCAACUUCCUGGACUAGUCCCUGCAGUUUUCUUGGAAAGAUUUUGGAAGUGGUUUGCCCUUGCCUGCUUGAGAGGGUGUCACUGGCCCAAGGUCACCCAGCCAACUUUGUGCCUAAGGAACUGGAACUCACUGUCUCCCAGUUUCUAAUUUGGUGCCUUAGUCACUACACCAAACUAGAUCUCUAGAUGGACAUAGUCCUACUGUCAUACAUGCUCCUUGGUCAUAGAAAAAAAAAAGAAAAAAUACAGACUUUCUUUGGACCUAAAAAUAUAAUUGUGUAAUUGCAUCUUACAAAGUUCAUUGAGUUGAAAUAUGUCUAUAUUUCAUAUUUAUGGUUUUUUGUCAUUCCUUAGUAGACUAAGAAUGAAAUCUGACUCUUUCUCCCCCAGAAGGUUUUUUGUCAUUCCUUAGUAGACUAAGAAUGAAAUCUGACUCUUUCUCCCCCAGAAGCAAAAAAUAUAAAGGCAAUGUCUAUUGCAGUGGAACUGAGAGCCCUUCAGUCCUGCUUAUAGGACUACAGUAUCUAGUAUCCAUCAGAUUCCCUCUUUCUUUCUUCAGUGUAGCCAAAUUCUAUAGGUCCAACAUGUGUCCCACACGGAUUCUUAAAUAAUAAUAAAAGAGAUGUCUCUCUUUGGAAAUAACAUCCAAAGAAAAGGCAAACAAAGGGAUAACACUCUGUGCACUAAGAGAGAUAAUAUACUGUGGAUAUAAAAAGUCCUGUUAAAACCUGUUUAAAUGCCACAUUUUUAAAAUGUAAAUAAAUCUGACCAAGCUAAAUAACCUCAGAAUUGUUUUCACCUUCAAUACAAGCUGUACAAUUUAAUUAAAAAAAAAACUGAAAUCUUUUAGGGGAAAAAAAUAAUCAAUCCCAUAUAAAGUUCAUCUCUUCUAGUAGGAUUUUUCUGACAUUCAGUUGCCUGUUACAGCAAAACUCAUGGUCUGCAAAGAGCUUAUGAAACAUCAAAGAUGUUGAUGUUUUCCAUGUUGGAAGAUAUCAGUCAGGAGAAGGAUACAAAACCAUUUCCAAGGCAUUGGAUAUACUAUGGAAUAGAACACAGUGAAGACAAGUAGAGAAAAUAGCUCAACAGUGAAGAACUGGGACUCCUCCAAAAUUGAUGAAAAUACAAGAUAACUCGCCCAAAAGGUCUACAGCAACAUUAAAGGUGCUGCAGGAUUUUCUAGCAAAUACUAGUUGUGUUUUACAUCUCCCUUAUUCUUCAUAUGUCUGGGGUAGGGCAGCAAGACAGAGGCCUUUUCUUACAAAGAAAACAUCCAUGCCUGGCUACUUUUUGCAAAAACCUACAUUAACUCUGACAAAAGCAUGUGGGAAAAUGUGUUAUGGUCUUAAUGAGACCAAAGUUGAACUUUUUGGUCAUAAUUCCAAAAAGUAUGUUCGGUGCAAAAACAAUUGUGCAUCACCAAAAGUACAUAUACGUGAAGUGAAGCGUGGUGGUAGCAGCAUUAUGCUUUGGGAUUACUUUUCUUCAGCUUGAACUAGAAUUUUAGUCAAGGUGGAAGAAAUUAUUAACAGUUCCAAGUAUUGAAUUAUGACACAAAAAUGCUGAAGAUGAAGGUGAAUUUCAUCUUUCAACAUGACAAUGACUCAGCAUACCUCCAAAUCAACAAAAGAAGAAUCAACAUCAGAAGAAUAUCAAUGUUUUGGAAUGGCUCAGCCAGAGUCCAGACCUGGAUCCAAUCGAAAAUCUGCAAAGUGGGCUAUGCACAGAAAAUGCUCUCACAAUCUGACAGAUUUGCAGCAUUUCUGCAAAGAAGAGUAGGCAAAGGUUCCCAAGGCAAGAUAUGCCAUGCUGAAAGGCUCCUACGCCAAAGACAUAUGCUGCCUAUAUUGUGCUAAUAAAACUAAUAAAGUAUUAGUUUUAAGAGUGUGCACAUUUAUGCAACCAUUAUUGUAAGUUUAUAAAUAUAUUUUUUCCCAUAAAAGAUUUCAGUUUGGUUUUCAAUUGAAUUCUGCAGCUUAUAAGGUAAAGGUAAAGGUUCCCCUCACACAUAUGUGCUAGUCGUUCCCGACCCUAGGGGGCGGUACUCAUCUCCGUUUCAAAGCUGAAGAGCCAGCGAAGACGUCUCCGUGUCAUGUGGCCGGCAUGACUAAAUGCCAAAGGCGCACGGAAUGCUCUUACCUUCCCACCAAAGGUGGUCCCUAUUUUUUCUACUUGCAUUUUUUACGUGCUUUCGAACAGAAUCUGGGACAAGUAGCGGGAGCUCACCCCAUUAACGCGGCUUCGAACCACUGAACUGCCGACCUUUCGAUUGGAUUCGAACCACUGAACUGCCGACCUUUCGAUUGACAAGCUCAGCAUCUUAGCCACUGAGCCACUGCAUACCUGCAGGUUAAACAGUAUGUUAUAUUAUGAAAAAAAAUUCUGAAAUGAUUUAUCUUGGUCUGAUUUCUUUUACAUCUCAGAAACCUGGUAUGUAUAGGUAUGUAGACUUAUAUCCAUUUUGUCUUCUACUGUGACAGUAAUUUUAUAUAAAUGUUCACAAUGAGUCUGUCAUUUUCAAAAAUUUGAGGAGACCUGUUCUAAGGAUGGAUGGUUACCCAACCUUCUAAGUUCUAUCCUUCCUUGCUCAUUAGUUCUUUAGUGAAAUUAUCACAGCUGUCAUGGUCCUCUACAUCUAAUAAAGCUUGAUUAGUCUUUGUCAAGACUGUCCUUCUUUAUAGGUACUCCUUGACAACCAUUUAACAAUGCUUCAAAGUUAUGACAACCUUGUUCUGUCCCCAACCCCACGCACACACACCAACAGACAUUCAGGAGUUAAAGACCAAACCAGCCGGCAAAAUCCUUUUCCUUAUGACAGUGUUUCCCAAACUUGACCCUUUGAAGAUGUAUGGACUUCAACUCCCAGAAUUCCUCAACCAGGCAUACUGGCUGGGGAAUUCUGGGAAUUGAAGUCCAUGCAUCUUAAAAUAGCCAAGUUUGGGAAACACUGCCUUAUGAUAACGGAACUUGGCAACAACCUAGUGGCUGCCUGUCAAAAGUUUAUUAUUUACAAAGAGGAGAGAUAACUUCUCCCCACUUCUAAUACAUCAAAGGAAAGCAGUUCAAUAAUUACGGAAUUAAAUCAAGUCCAGAGAUACUUUUAGCAAAGUCUAUAGCAAAAGUCCGGCAAUGCAGAAUGGCGUGGAAGCUUUCAGCUUUGUUCGUCACAAGGUUUGACUGGCCACCACGCUCUCUUUUAUGGGGUGUGGUCCAGUGACUCAGCCUAAUCUCAGGCACGCCCUUUCUUCUGUUGCGUGCGCUUAUCUUUGCGACGCUGGUGUGGGUCCAGCCAAGACUUAUUACCCUCAUCACUGUCCAUCUGUGGCUGCAUGGACGUGCUUGGCCCCGCUCUUCGGCGGACACCGAAGGCAUUGCCAGAGAGAAGGGUCCUGGAGAGGGAGACCUUGCCAACUCCUCUCUUUCACACUUGGAGUCCUCUCCUGCCGAUGACACAGGCUCAGGUAACGGAGCCACAACAAACCUCAGAAAAAGUUAUUUAUGACCUGUCCUUAAAAUUAUGACUUUCGUGCUACCCUUACAGACAUAUGAUUGCAAUUUGGGCACUUGGUACCAACUUGCAUUUAUGAGGGUGGCAGCAUCUUGCAGGUAAUUGGCCAUGGCCACAAUGCACCUCCUAUUUCACCCCAGCCCCACCACCACAGCUGACCUACCACAGGCAUUCAUCCUUCACUGGUGCUCCUCCUCCAACAUCAUUGUUCCGUCAUUCCUCCCCGUCCACUUGUGCUGGGCGAAUUACCGAGGCUUGUUUCCGGCCAAUUUGCAGUGCGGGAGCCACACCUCCCAGCAACCAACAUUAUAAUUUAAUAAGAUAUAUGCAAGUGAGAAUAAAUUUUGCCCAGUACGAAGAUACAAAUUGACAAUAUUUGAUUGGGAACUUAAACUUGGAGAAUAUGCAGCAAUGCAAAUCCACUUGAGAGAUAGCCAAAAAUAAAAACUACUGUUGAAGUAAUCUUCAUUUGAGCCCUAAGGAAGGUAAAAAACAAGAAUUGGCCAGUCAUCAAGAAUGACUGCAAAAUGCAGUAGGGAAAAUCCCAAAAUUAGUGAUUUUACACAAUCUUCUAAUUCUCUUAAAAGGCAAUAAAAGGACACAUUUAGUUUAUUUAUAUGCCACUCAUCUCUUUGAUAGUGCUUAGUUAUGCUGACAUUGUUUCUAAUUGAUUUUUAAAAAAAUCAAAUGACCCAAAUAACUGCUACAUAUAGUAGUAACAUCAUCAUGUUGAAAAAUAGAAACUAACACAAAAAUACAUUACUUCACAUGGAAAAAAUUCAGAUGAAAGAGUAGAGGACAAUGUUGCCAACUUGAAACACAAGAAAUGGCCAAGAUUUAGCCAUUCAAUGAAACAGAAAUAUCGCAAUCAAAAGUGUUUACACUGAACUUUCAAAGUGAAAGACAAAUAAGCAAGGGGCCAUCAGAACAGAUUUUACCCAAAAGGGUAAAAGCACAAGAGAAUGCAAUCAAGCCUUGACAAUCACUUUAACAGGGAAAAAAAUGGAAAUGACAUGUUCACCCAAAUUCACUUCAAAGAUAAGAAUAACAUUAGUUAUUCACUUCAAUAAGGAAAGCAGUGAAGGAUUUACAUAGUCUACUCCAGUGAAAACUCAAAAUGCAGUCCAGGCAUUCACAAAAUGGAGUUCUUGGACAAUUUUCUAACCUGUUUGUAAGAAAAUAGAAGUAGUAGCUUUUUCCAAAGCUCCAAUUGAGGUAAAAGACAGCAAAUCCAAUCCAGCAGGAUCUGCAAUUAGUUGAUGGCUUCUUACAGAAAUUCCCAAAAUGAACCAUUUUGCCACUUAAAUCUGAAAGUGGACAGACUAGGCCCUAGUCUGAAAUGUACUUUAAACAUUUCGAUGUUUAGAUAGUUAGAUCUGGAUUAAAACCAUGAUAAUAUAAAAGAUGUAGCAUUUUGCAGGCAGAAAGUGGAACCAAACAGAGAAAUUCCAGUCAGAAUUGUGAGUGGUUGACAAGAGAGUUGGGCUGUGCUCAGUUUGCCUUAUGGUCACCACAAAACUGGCUAGCGGCCUGUGCUUGCCCUUUUUAUCCACCCAGGCAGGCAGAAGCUGACCAAGGGAAGAUUUCAACAUUUCACUGAGCCCUGAUGGUGCAGUGGUUAGAAUGCAGUAUUGCAGACUAACUCUGCCCACAGCCUGGAAUUCAAUCUUGGCAGGAACAAGGUUGACUCAGCCUUCCAUCCUUCGAUAAAAUGAUCCAGAUUUUGGGGGACAAUAUGCUGACAUGUGGGGCAGUGUAGUCUGAGUGCUGUUGUUAAUUAAAGGAGAAGAUGCAAAUCUAUCAGCUGCUGCAAGGGAUUAUAUGCUUUUUACUGGAAGAAUUAUUGAUCCCUUCAAGUGGAAGAAUGUCAAAUCAAGUUGUGGGAAUACACUUUGAUGCUUUCAUGCUUUAAAAAUAAAUUUCACACAGAAUUUAAUUCAAAUGAGAAACCACUCUUAGAGUGGUUCUCAAAUGAGAAAUCACUCAUACUACUCAAAAAAAUGGGUAUUAUUCAAAUCAUAUUAGAUUUUAGUAAUGUGGGUUUAUAAUUUAUAGUUUCAUUGAAUUAUUCUACUUUGUUCAUCUUUAUUGACAUCAUGCUUUGUUUCCAGUUUAACAGUGAUUUUAUCUUUAAAACAAUAUAAUAUAUUCAGUUAUUUAUAUUUAAUUAAUGACGUACUGUAAAACUCUACUUUUCAUGUUUUUGUAAAUAUUUUUCUUCAUAUAUAUUUUAUUAGUUUUUUCUGCCUUUUUCUUGUUUGUUUAUAUAUCCUUUAAACUAUUCAGCAAAAAAAAAAGACCUUGAGCGAUGCUUGCAUCUUUCCCAACUUUCUCACAGUUGAAUUUGAAUGUAUAGUUUCACUAAUUAAUAAAACUAUAUUAUUAAACUUUUA